CCCAGAAAUGGCUUUAUGGACCUGGACACUGAGCAUUUUGAGCUGUUUUUGUUUCACCUUAUCCAAAAAUGAAGAACUGAAAUAUUUUCAGAGUGCCACAGAACUGAAUCACCUAACAGUGGAUAAUGACACUGGGAAAAUCUAUUUGGGAGCAGUAAAUGCUCUAUAUCACCUUACAGAAAACAUGGAUGAACUCGAAUUUGUAGAAACAGGUCCAAAAAAGGAUAACAAAAAGUGCACACCUCCCAUAGAUGAAAAUCAGUGCAAAGAGGCAGUAAUGACUGACAAUUAUAACAAACUACUAUUGCUGAACAAGGCAGAUAAAACGAUUGUGGUGUGUGGAAGUCUUUUUAAGGGAAUCUGUGCCAUCAGAAAUCUAAAAAACAUUACAACAGUUGUGUAUUAUGUGGACAGUAGUGGAGAGAAGUCCUUUGUAGCAAGCAAUGAUGAGAACGUAUCAACUGUGGGACUGAUCACUUCCUUGAACAAUGACCAAGUGUUGUUUGUUGGGAAAGGGAAUGGGCCAAAUGAUAAUGGGAUAAUAAUUAGCACUCGGCAGCUCUACGAAAGUGAUGGGAAAGACAUUUUUGAAAUGUAUACAGACUCGGCAGCUGUUAAGUCAGCUUAUCAUUCUUCAAGCACGCAACAAUUUGUGGCAGUCUUUGAGCAUAAAAAUUACGUUUAUUUUAUUUUUAACCAACAAGAGAAACAGCCCGUCAAUAACCGCACGCUUAUUGCACGUUUGUGCAAAGAUGAUGCCCAUUAUUAUUCCUACUUUGAAAUGGACUUGGGAUGCAAAGAUGAUGAUGGUGCUUAUGAUCACUGUCAUUCUGCUUUCGUCACUACGCCAGGAGAAGAGCUGGCUGAGAGCAUGGCUCGGCAGCAACAAACUGCGGAUACUCUGUCAGAUGACAAAGUGCUUCUUGCGCUCUUCAGCAAAGUAAACAAAGAUAACGGCUCUCUAAAAUCUGCCAUGUGUGUGUUUUCCUUGAGGCACAUCAAUGAAAAGAUGGAAAAAAAUCGGAACGAUUGCUACACUAAUCAGAACACCAGCACGUUUUACAAACUCUUUGCAGUAGAAAACCCAUGUGGAUUAAAGGGACUGAAUGCAAGCAAAAAUUUCCCCUGUGGUUCUGAACACUUACCAUACCUUUUGGGAAGUAAAAAUGGUGUUAUAGAGAAGCCGGUAUUACAAAAGGAAGGGAUGAAUCUCACGGCUGUCACUGUGACUGUGGAAAAUGGGCAUACGGUGGCAUUUCUGGGAACUUCGGAUGGUAAAAUUCUUAAGGUAUUCCUGUCAUCCACUGCAACUGAAUACAGUUCUCUUACUAUUGAACUAAACAAACCCAUAAAGAAAGACCUGGUCCUUGACAGAACGCAAGAGAAUCUGUAUGUGAUGACCACAGACAAGGUAUAUCGACUUCCUGUGCAGGACUGUCACAAAUACUCAGACUGUGAAAAGUGUGCUCAAGCAAAGGACCCUUACUGUGGCUGGUGUGUCAGAGAGGGCAGGUGCACGAAGAGGGCAGACUGUAAAACAGCUGACAAGGAGAACCAUUGGCUGUGGAGUCCAAGCGGCACGUGCAUGACCAUCAUUAGUGCCAACCCUCGAAAUAUGAGUCGCAGAACCCCUGCUAAGGUGGAACUAACUGUAAAUCCAUUGCCAGCUUUAACAGACAGUGACCGAAUUGAGUGCACAUUUGGUAAAACUACCCAUUAUGCUCAAUUAAAAGAAGGAGUUGUUAUCUGUGAUCCUCCCGAUCAGAUUCCUCUAACACCUGAAGGUCAAGAUCAUGUUUCAGUUCCAUUACAGUUAACCUUUGACGAGGAAAAGAUAUUUUUUGCAUCACAUACUUAUCCUUUUUAUGACUGUGAAGAAGCAAUGAAUCUUUUUGAAAAUCAGCCAUGCUAUUCCUGUGCGAGCAAUAGAUGGAAUUGCCAGUGGGACUGGAAGAGACAUACCUGUGAAGAGUCCUCUUCAAAACAGGAUGUGAUUAAACAAAAUAUGGAAGAAGAAUGCCCACAGUUUCUAAACCCUAGCCCUCCAAUAAUACCUAUGGAGUACCAAACAAGGGUGUAUUUUGAGGGAAGACAUCUAGCUUAUUAUCAGGAUAAAAAAUUUGUGGUUGGAAACAGCCACUUUGAUUUUGAAGCUCCUGUUGAUGAAUCAGAGGAGGGAAAAUUCUCAUUCAUGAGUAAAGAGUUCUCCUAUAGUGCAAAUGAAACCCUACAAUUAAACUUAUUCAUAAGAACAGAUAAGGUCAAGAUUGACAGCAAACUGAUGGUGACUCUGUACAACUGCUCUUAUGGACGAAGUGACUGCAGUUUAUGCCUUGCGGCCGAUCCUGACUACAAGUGUGUCUGGUGUGAAGAAGAUGGCAAGCCAAGCAAGUGUGUUUAUGAAAAACUCUGUCAUGCUCCUCCUACUGACACAUGUCCUCAUCCAGAAAUUACUCACAUUGAGCCAAAAACUGGACCACUAAGUGGCGGAAUUCUUUUGACCAUAAUGGGAUCUAAUCUGGGUAUAAAAUCCACAAGGAUUGUAUGUCAAGUUGGAAGAAUGACUGAACCAAAACAAGGUCAAAUUGAGGUUAACAUCAAUGGAAAAUUAGGUAAAUCACCAAGUGAUGUGCAGUUUACCUACCAGGAACCUCAUCCUUCUGGAAUAAGCCCUGAAAGAGGUCCACAAGCAGGUGGAACCACACUUACCAUCACUGGUACAAACCUGGCAACGGGUUCCAAGCAGGAUGUUCAUGUUUUAGUCGGCAGUGAACCUUGCAACGUCACUGAGUUUGGAGACAAGAUUGUUUGCAUUACAGGACCUAAUAGCAAGGUUGAAGAUGUUGACGUAAGAGUCCGCUAUGGGGACGCAGCAAGUAGCAUUCCAGGGAAAUUUUCAUACAGAGAGAAUCCUACUGUCACCAAGUUCCUGCCAGUGAAUAGCUUCAGCAGUGGAGGGAGAAAUAUCACGGUAACUGGAACUGGCUUUGACAUCAUCCAGAGAUUCUCACUGGUGGUUUAUGCAGAGCGUCCAGAAGCAGGGAAACAAACUCUCAAAAGGUUUGAUGGAAAACUUGUUACAAAUCUCAGUGCAACCACAGUGGUUUUCUCUUCCCCACCAAUACUGGAAGAUCCAGAAAACUAUAAUAUUACCACUAUUAUUCUAAUGGAUCAUUAUCAUUUGGUUGUAAAAAAUGAGAGCCACUCCUUUGCAUAUGUUGCAGACCCAACCUUUGAAAACUUCACAGAUGGCAUCAAAAAACAAGUCAACAAACUUAUUCAUGCAAAGGGCAGUAAUCUGAACAAAGCCAUGACAAUAGAUGAGGCCCAGGCUUUUGUGGGUGAUGAACCGUGCAACAUAAAAACCCUGACUGAGAAGGACUUAUACUGUGAGCCACCAGAAGUACAGCCUCAACCCAAGAAACGGCAGAAGAGAGAUACUAUCAAUAACCUUCCUGAAUUCAUUGUGAAAUUUGGCCUCCGAGAAUGGAUCCUAGGAAGGGUGGAAUAUGAUACACGUGUGAGCGACAUCCCACUGAAUCUUAUUUUGCCACUUGUAUUUAUUCCUAUGAUAGGAAUCAUCAUCAUUUCUGUUUUCUGUUAUAGACGCAAGAGCCAACAAGCAGAACGAGAAUAUGAAAAAAUCAAGUCACAACUAGAAGGACUGGAGGAGAGCGUCAGAGAUCGGUGCAAAAAGGAAUUCACGGAUCUGAUGAUAGAGAUGGAAGAUCAGACAAAUGAUAUAAAUGAAGCUGGAAUUCCAGUACUAGACUACAAAACGUACACAGACAGAGUCUUCUUCUUGCCCUCCAAAGACGGAGAGAAAGACGUGAUGAUUACUGGGAAGCUUGAUAUUCCAGAGGCGAGGCGGCAGACUGUGGAGCAGGCUUUGAACCAAUUCUCCAAUCUACUCAAUAGCAAAUCAUUUCUCAUUAAUUUUAUUCACACGCUGGAAAGCCAAAGGGAGUUCUCUGCUCGAGCUAAAGUUUAUUUUGCAUCUUUACUGACCGUUGCUUUACAUGGAAAGCUAGAAUAUUAUACUGACAUCAUGAGGACACUGUUCUUGGAACUGAUGGAGCAGUAUGUUGUGGCCAAAAACCCAAAGCUGAUGCUGAGAAGAUCUGAAACUGUUGUUGAGAGGAUGUUGUCGAACUGGAUGUCUAUUUGUUUAUAUCAGUACCUCAAGGACAAUGCUGGGGAGCCUCUUUAUAAAUUGUUCAAGGCUAUCAAACAUCAGGUAGAAAAAGGCCCAGUGGAUGCCGUACUGAAGAAAGCCAAAUAUACAUUGAAUGACACGGGCCUACUGGGAGAUGAUGUGGAGUAUACACAGUUGACAGUAAAUGUGUAUGUACAGGACGGAGGAACGGAUUCCAUACCUGUGAAAGUGCUGAACUGUGAUACUAUAUCGCAAGUAAAGGAAAAGAUAAUAGACCAAGUCUAUCGAAAUCUGCCAUGUUCACAGUGGCCAAAAGCAGACAGCGUAGUUCUUGAGUGGCGUCCAGGUUCUACUGCACAGAUCCUUUCAGACUUGGAUUUAACAUCACAAAGAGAUGGCAGAUGGAAACGCAUCAACACACUAAUGCAUUAUAAUGUCCGAGAUGGUGCUACGCUCAUCUUGUCAAAAAUGGGAAUUUCCCAGCAGCCGGAGGAUAAUCAGCAAGAUGUCCCAGGGGAAAGGCAUGCACUUCUGGAAGAUGAAAAUAAGGUCUGGCACCUAGUUCGGCCAGUGGAUGAAAUUGAUGAAGGUAAAUCGAAGCGGGGGAGCGUGAAAGAAAAAGAGAGAACCAAAGCCAUUACAGAGAUCUACCUGACAAGACUUCUGUCUGUGAAGGGGACACUUCAGCAGUUUGUAGAUAACUUUUUUCAUAGUGUGCUCAACUCAAAUCAUGUGGUGCCACCAGCUGUGAAAUAUUUCUUUGAUUUUCUUGAUGAGCAAGCAGAAAAACAUGACAUCAAGGAUGAAGAUACCAUCCACAUCUGGAAAACGAAUAGCUUGCCUCUUAGAUUCUGGGUAAACAUAUUGAAAAAUCCCCAUUUCAUCUUUGAUGUUCAUGUUCACGAAGUAGUGGAUGCUUCCUUGUCAGUCAUUGCACAGACUUUCAUGGAUGCUUGCACAAGAACAGAGCACAAAUUAAGCAGAGAUUCUCCGAGUAAUAAAUUACUUUACGCAAAAGAAAUCUCUAACUAUAAGAAAAUGGUGGAAGAUUAUUACAAAGGUAUUCGUCAGAUGGUGCCAGUUAGCGACCAGGAUAUGAAUACCCAUUUAGCAGAGAUUUCUAGGGCACAUACUGAUUCUCUAAAUACACUUGUGGCUCUACACCAACUCUACCAGUAUACUAACAAAUACUAUGAUGAGAUUAUAAAUGCACUUGAAGAAGAUCCAGCUGCACAAAAAAUGCAGCUUGCCUUCCGUUUACAGCAAAUAGCAGCUGCAUUAGAGAAUAAAGUGACUGACCUUUGACUCAAAAGCCGCAAUAAAGAAAUCUGAUAUCAAGAUGUUCAAAUUCAUUCUUCCUGUUAAGGAAAUAGUGUUCUAUUUUUUAAUGUAUAAUUACAACUUUAAAUGAAAUAUUUCAUGUUUUUUUGAUAGCAGAGGUGUAAUGUAAAAAAUUUUUACUGUAAAUUAUGCUUCUAAUUAAAAGCUGUGUUGUGUGUAAAUGAAUUUUCUGUGGGAAAGAGAGUCCUUUGGUUGGGGGCAGGGUGGGGGGUUGGAAGAAGGAAGGUUUAUGGUUCGUUUAAUUUAGUAGACUCUGAAACAUCAGCAUCUAGGAAUCAUUAUGAAAGUAAAUUCAAUACUACAGCAUCCUUUAUAUUUUAAGCAAUAUUUAUACUAGGAAAACAAUGGCAUAUUCAGAGAAACAUGCAAUAUCCCCUUUUAU